AUGUGGUCCCUAGCACGAACCCGGCUCCCCGUAGGCCUACGUUGGCCAAUCCGCCUGCAGCACACCAUCCCCAAGGAACUGGAACAAAUCUCCAAAGAAAAGGAUCCCAAAUUCUCCAAAAUGAUCCAGUACUUCUUCCACAAGGCGUGCGUCAAGCUGGAGCCCCGCCUCCUCGAGUAUCUCAAGAAGUAUCCCCAGCUUAGCGAGGAAAACCGAAAGAAACGCGUCCAAACCAUCAUCCACCUGGUCGAGGGAGCGGCCAACACCAUCGAGGUCCGCUUUCCGGUCAUGCGCGACAAUGGGCAGUACGAGAUCCUGACCGGUUAUCGAUCACACCAUUGCGUCCAUCGACUUCCGGUGAAGGGCGGCAUCCGGUACUCGAUGGACGUGACCCGGGACGAAGUGAAGGCCCUUUCGUCGCUGAUGACCUUCAAAUGUUCCUGCGUCCACGUGCCCUUUGGAGGAGCUAAAGGGGGGAUCAAGCUGAACCCGAAGACCUACAGCGACAAAGAACUGCAGAGCAUCACCCGGAGGUAUACGGCUGAACUGGCCAAGAAGAACUUCAUCGGGCCGGGAAUUGACGUUCCGGCGCCGGAUAUGGGCACAAGUGAUCGGGAGAUGUCCUGGAUGGCCGAUCAGUACAGCAAAACGUUCGGGCAUAAGGACAUCAAUGCGUUGGCCACGGUGACGGGAAAGCCUUUGCAUCAGGGUGGAAUCCGCGGAAGGACCGAAGCGACAGGAAGAGGAGUGUUCAUCGCGACCAAUUGCUUCGUGAGAGAAAAGGAAUGGAUGAAUGCGAUCGGGUUGGAACCGGGGAUGGAAGGAAAAACGGUGAUCAUCCAGGGGUACGGAAACGUAGGAAUGUACGCGGCGCAUUUCUUCAAGCAAGCUGGCUGUAAAGUUAUUGGAAUCAAGGAAGCGGAUAUUUCGUUGAUGAAUGAGGAAGGGAUCGAUGUCGGGGAACUGGCAAGCUACAAGAGACUGAACAACUCCAUCAAGGGAUUCAAAGGAGCGAAGGAGACCAAGGAAGACCUGCUCUUACAUCCGUGUGACAUUCUGAUCCCAGCAGCGGUUGAGAAGUCUAUCAAUUCGGACAACGCUGCCAAGAUCCAAGCCAAGAUCAUUGCGGAAGGAGCUAACGGGCCAACGACCCCAGCGGCGGAUGCGAUUCUCCAAAGUCGCAAAAUUCUCGUCAUACCGGAUCUGUACUGUAACGCCGGAGGCGUCACGGCUUCCUACUUUGAAUACCUCAAGAACAUCAACCACAUUUCGUUCGGGAAGCUGUCGUUCCGCCAGGAGUCGCAAAAUUUGAGGGAAGUAUUGAAAUCAGUCGAAGAAUCCCUCAAAGAAGCCGGGGUGUGUGUCAACUUGAAACCAACGGAGGCCCUGAAACACUACCUGGACAGUGCCAGUGAGGCGGAUGUCGUGGCCUCCGGUCUUAAAUUCGUGCUGGAAACAGCAGGGCACGGAAUAAUGACUGUUGCAAAUCAGUAUCAGCUUUGCUUGGAUGUGCGAACUGCGGCUUACAUUUGGUCGGUGGAGAAGAUUUUCAAAGCUUACGAAGGCGCAGGACUGUCUAUGUAAACUGUAUUUGAAUG